AUGGCAAAGCUGAGAUCCAUAAACAAAAAGGCAGCAGAUGAGCUUUUACACUAUCCGCAACAACACUGGUGUAGGGCCUAUCAAAGCACUAGAUGCUCAACUCAUAUGGUAGACAACAACUGCUCUGAAUCUUUUAAUUCUAGUAUAAGUGAUGCUAGGCAUAAACCUAUUAUCAGCAUGUUAGAAGAUAUUAGGUUGUUGGCUAUGCAAAGAAUUAGAGAUAGGAAAGUUGCUUUGCAAAGUUGGAAAACUGACUGGGCACCUAAUGCAAUGAAAAUGUUUGAGGCUAACAAAACUGAUUCAGUUGAUUGUCAUGUGGUGUGGAAUGGUGAGUAUGGAUAUGAGGUUUCUGAUGGUGAAGACAGACACAUAGUCUUUGUGGAUACAAAGACAUGUACAUGUAGGGCAUGGGAACUAACUGGGAUAGCUAUGCCAUAUGCACACUCCAUCCAACCAUUACCUGGAGUUAAGUUUUGGAAUGUGAAAGAAGAGGAUGCAAUAGAACCACCCCCUGUUGAAAAGAAGAUAGGAAGGCCUAAGAAGAAUAGGGUGAGGACACCUAAUGAGCCGAAACAUAGGCACAAGCUUUCAAGGGUGGGAAAGGCACAACAUUGCAGCCUGUGUGGAAGUGAAACUCAUAAGAAAAACUCAUGCUCACUGAACCCUAAGAAGGUAGACCAAAAUGCAGAGGCUUCUACCUCAUCUAAGCCUAAAAGAAAAGCAGCAGCUGGACUUGGACUUUAUGUCAAUUUGGAAACUGGAAAACAAGUACUCAAUCCCGGAGGAUCCCAAUCAGUAGUUAUCAAUGAGGGUACACAAAGAGAAAGUGAACCAAAUGUGAAGUUUCCCAUACCCAAUGAGAGAGAGCUCAGAAGGGAAAAAAAAUGGAAAAGAUGA